GCGAGCCCGAGGGCGCGCUGCUCCGCGCCGACUGCUCCGACCUGGGGCUCGCCGCCGUGCCCGCCAACCUCAGCGCCCGCACCGCCUACCUUGAUCUCAGUAUGAACAACAUUACUAAGCUGCCCUCCAACUCCGUGCACGGGCUCCGCUUCCUGGAAGAGCUACGUCUUGCAGGAAAUGGCUUGACAUACAUUCCUAAGGGAGCAUUUGCCGGCCUUUUCAGUCUUAAAGUGCUGAUGCUGCAGAAUAACCAACUACGCCAGGUUCCUGCUGAAGCACUUCAGAACUUGCGCAGCCUCCAGUCUCUGCGUCUGGAUGCCAACCACAUCAGCUAUGUGCCCCCCAACUGCUUCAGCGGAUUGGUCUCCCUUCGACACCUGUGGCUAGAUGAUAAUUCUUUGACAGAAAUUCCCGUCCAAGCUUUUAGAAGUUUACCAGCACUGCAAGCAAUGACUCUGGCACUGAAUAAAAUUCAUCACAUACCAGACUAUGCUUUUGGAAACCUCUCUAGUUUGGUAGUUCUACAUCUCCAUAACAAUAGAAUCUACUCCCUGGGAAAGAAAUGCUUUGAUGGGCUCCACAGCCUAGAGACUUUAGAUUUAAAUUACAACAGUCUGGACGAGUUUCCUACUGCUAUAAGGACACUGACAAACCUAAAAGAAUUAGGAUUUCACAGCAAUAACAUCAAGUCAAUACCGGAACGUGCAUUUGUGGGCAAUCCAUCACUUAAUACAAUACAUUUCUAUGAUAACCCUAUCCAGCUGGUUGGAAAAUCCGCUUUUCAACACUUACCAGAACUCAGAACUCUGACUUUAAAUGGUGCUUCACAGAUAACAGAGUUUCCUGAUCUGACUGGGACUACAAGUUUGGAGAGUCUGACACUCACAGGAGCACAAAUCACCUCUCUACCCAAAUCAGCCUGUGACCAGUUACCUAAUCUCCAAGUGCUGGAUCUGUCAUAUAAUCUGCUGGAAGAUUUACCCUGUUUUACUGCGUGUAAAAAGCUCCAGAAAAUUGACUUGCAUCACAACGAAAUCGAUGAAAUUAAAGCAGACACUUUUCGGCAACUGGCUUCGCUGCGUUCUCUGGACUUAGCUUGGAACAAAAUUAAAAUUAUUCAUCCCAAUGCAUUCUCUUCUUUACCAUCUCUGAUCAAACUGGACGUGUCAUCCAACCUUUUGUCCUCUUUUCCUGUGACGGGGCUUCAUGGUCUAACUCAUUUAAAAUUAACAGGAAAUCAUGCCCUACAAAGUUUGAUAUCAUCGGAAAAUUUUCCAGACCUCAAGGUCAUGGAGAUGCCUUAUGCUUAUCAGUGCUGUGCCUUUGGAGCUUGCGAGAGCCACUACAAAAUCUCCAGCCAGUGGGGCAAAGACGAGAACAGCAGCCUGGACGACUUUCACAGGAAGGAUACCGGGUUGUUGCAAAUUCAAGAUGAACGUGAUUUUGAGGAUUUUCUUCUGGAUUUUGAAGAGGAUUUAAAAGCUCAUCAUUCAGUGCAGUGUUCACCUUCUCCAGGUCCCUUCAAACCAUGUGACCAUCUUUUUGGGAGCUGGCUGAUCAGAAUUGGAGUGUGGACCAUAGUGGCUUUGGCCUUUAUUUGCAAUGCACUGGUGACUGCUACAAUCUUCAGAUCUCUGCUGUAUAUUUCCUCCAUAAGACUCCUAAUCGGUCUAAUAUCCAUUGUAAAUGCCUUGAUGGGUUUGGCCAGUGGAGUGUUGGCCAGUGUGGAUGCAUCGACUUUUGGUAGCUUUGCUCAAUAUGGAGCAUGGUGGGAAAGUGGAAUUGGGUGCCAAAUAACUGGCCUCCUGUCCAUUUUUGCUUCAGAGGUUUCUAUUUUCCUCCUUACCCUGGCCACGCUCGAACGUGCGUUCUCUGUGAAGCACGCUGCAAAGUUUGAAGCAAAAUCCUCCUCUGCCAGUGUGAAAAUAGCCAUUUUGUUUUGCUUUGUGUUGGCACUAGUCAUUGCAGCGAUCCCUCUCCUCAGUGGAAGUGAGUAUGGGGUUUCUCCACUUUGUUUGCCAUUGCCCUUCGGAGAACCCACUGCCAUGGGCUACAUGGUGGCGCUGGUUCUGCUGAACUCUCUUUGCUUUCUGGUCAUGACUGUUGCUUAUACCAAGCUCUACUGCAGCCUAGAAAAGGGAGAACUAGACAGUGUUUGGGAUUGCUCUAUGGUCAAACACAUAGCCUUGCUGCUUUUUACUAACUGUAUUCUUUAUUGCCCCGUAGCCUUUUUAUCUUUCUCCUCCUUACUAAACCUCACUUUUAUCAGCCCAGAAGUGAUUAAAUCAAUACUGCUGGUGAUUGUACCACUGCCCUCAUGCCUAAACCCACUCCUUUAUAUACUUUUCAAUCCACACUUUAAGGAGGACCUUGGAAGUCUUCGGAAGCAAACUUUGUUAUGGAGGAGAUCCAAACACACUAGUCUGAUCUCUGUGAAUUCAGAAGACCUAGAAAAACAAUCCUGUGACUCAACACAAGCCCUGGUAACCUUCACAAGUGCUAGCAUAUCCUAUGACAUGCCUACCAGCGAUUCACUAAUGCCAUCAUCUUACCAAAUGGCAGAAAACUGUAAUCUCUCAUCAGUAGCAUUUGUUCCAUGUCGCUAGUUUCAGUGGCAGUGCAGAAAUGAUCUAUGUUUACAAAAAUUUUAAUCCCAAAAGUAAAUAUGGGUAUGUGUAUACAGGCUAGAGAAUGGCUCUGAACUAUUAAUACACGAAUCAGAAAA